AUGGAGGAUCGGAUAGAACCAUUAAGAAGAUGGGAGAAAGACGGAGACGAAGGGCGAGACGUGCGGAGGAGAAGAGAUCAUCACCACCGCAAUGGAAAAGUGAAAGAGGGAGAUUUUAAACUGUCCAAAUAUGUGCUACGUAUGAACCAGAAAACAGUUUCGUGUUGGCUUCUUCGAGACAACGUUUGGAGAUCCGAAACUGUGUUAAUCCGGACGAAACUUGGUGGAGAGCUUCAUGGAACUACUGGCUAGAUAAUAAACGGUGGGAUUAUGCUUAUAAGAGAAAACCAAGAUGGAUCCCAAGAGUAUGCAAUGAAAGCUCUUGUAGUAAAUUGGUCUAAAGAGAAGAAAGGAAAAGCUUAG